AUGCCGGGACGAACGCUCCCAACGCUGCCUUCUGCGGAAGUCGCGGCACAUAACACAUCCAAGUCAUGCUAUGUCACGGUUGGAACGAAGGUCUACGACAUAACGCCAUUCCUCGAAGACCACCCUGGAGGUGGCGACUUGAUCGUGGAGUAUGGCGGCAAGGACGUCAAGGAGAUAAUGCAAGACGAAGUGUCGCACGCGCAUAGUGAAAGCGCAUGGGAGAUUCUGGACGACCAUCUCAUCGGCUUCGUUGCGACGGACAAGGUACUGGAAGCUGUGAAGGAAGGCAACGACCCGUUCGCUGUUCUCCUGAUGGAGCCGACGUCGAAGGGCAUGAAAGACCUGGAGCAAGCGGGCAACGGUGCCGCCGCAGAGGUCAAAGCAAGAGAUCAGGUCGUGGCCAAUGGCGAGGGCGAACACAAACCAGUCUUCGAGUCGACAGGCAUGAGCUCAGAGGAGGACCUGAACAAAGAGACGGACCCAUCAUCAGACUACAAGAAGCACAAGUUUCUGGACUUGAACAAGCCGCUGCUGAUGCAAGUCUUCCUGGGGAACUUCAGUAAGAAGUUUUACUUGGAGCAAGUUCACCGGCCCAGACACUACAAAGGAGGAGACAGUGCACCACUUUUUGGAAACUUUCUCGAGCCACUAUCGAAGACGCCAUGGUGGAUUGUACCAACGGUGUGGUGGCCGCCUGUUGCCUACGGAACCUUCCUCUGUGCGCAGUACUUCAGCUUCCCUAUUCUGGCUGCCUACUGGAUCACAGGACUUUGCAUUUGGACGAUAGUCGAGUAUGGGCUCCACAGAUGCCUGUUCCAUCUCGACGACCAUCUACCGGACAACAGAUACGCAAUCACGCUCCACUUCCUCCUUCACGGCAUCCACCACUACUUGCCAAUGGACAGACUGAGACUUGUGAUGCCACCAACUCUAUUCAUCGUCCUCGCGACGCCCUUCUGGCAUCUAGCCCACACCGUCUUCUUCUAUGACUGGUACGCCGCAGUAGCCGUCUACUGCGGCGGCAUCUUUGGCUACACGAUGUACGACAUGACGCACUAUUUCCUUCACCACAAGAACCUCCCAGCCUACUACCGCGAGCUGAAGAAGUACCACCUACAGCACCACUUCAUGGACUACGAGAAUGGCUUUGGCGUCACCAGCCGCUUCUGGGACAGAAUCUUCAAGACAGAGCUGCCGCCCCCACCUACGCCCAAGGUUCUGAAGACGACUUGA